AUGGCCUACUGCAUACCACCACGCGUAGUGCGGCGGCUGUGUGACUCGGAGUGGUUCAAAACAGAGUUUGUAGACAAGGAGACUGGGACUGUCAACAACGAUCUCGCCGUGGUCAGCAGCCAGUGCAGAAGUGUGGGUCAAGCAAGCAACCAUGAGUAUGCCCAGCUCAUUUCUUCAUCCUUUCGGCCGUUCAUUGAGAAAGUGCUUCCUUUACCGGCAAGUGCAUGCGACAGCGGUGCGGCAGAGUGCGGCGGGUGCUGGUUUUGGGAAACGUAUCGGCAUGCUCUGUUCGGCGAGAACGUGCUCAUUCAUCUGGGCGGCUCUGGCAUUUCAUUGGCAGAAGACAGACUCGACGCACAAGUCGAGCUGCGAUUGAGGAUGUGCGCAAGCAACAACUUGGCUUUGCCACCCCAGCACCGCACAAAGGCGCUGCUGCAUGGGUCAGCAAAGCUAGAGGUUGUUUACGCUCUCGCUCUGUCUGUCGCGCUGCAUGUGGCAAAACAGCCGCUGCUAGAGCAUGGGGAAGGGCCUCAGGCGCUGGUCUUGUGCGCGACCAAGGACCAGUGCGAUGAGAUAGCGUGCGCUUUGAACGAGUUCUGCGCCUCACUACAUCUAAUUGUGCACAACCUCUUUGAGCCAUAUCCACCGAUGCCGGCAGACAAGCGCGCUGAGGUUGUCGUCGCCACUCCGCCGUUAUGGGAAAGCUUGGCAAAGUUUGCACAGCACCCCAGUCAUGCACGCCUGAGCACCGCGUCCCAAAACGAAGGAUUGGAGGACUUGCUUCUGAAGGUGGAAGGAGAAGGCCAGGUACCACCAACGUAUGACCUCACACGAUGGCGUCCUUACAGUCUUACGCACGUGGCGCAGCUUGUCAUCUUCGAUGUGGAACUGCAGAUAAACAUGGGGUUUGGGGCUCUUCUACAGCAUCUUCUCGGACUUCCACAUGAGCCAUCUCCUGUACGCUGCAAAUCGGAGAGCUCCUCCGCCGUGGGCAAGCUGCCUCUCUCGUGUCAACUGUAUGCCGUUGCAGGUGGCGAUCGGUUUGCCGUCGCAGCAGAUACCGUGAGUUCAGUGCUCGAAGCAAUCCGCACCAAUGGACGACUCCGGUUCAAUCAUGGUACUGCAGAGCUUUCACUGAUCAGCCCCUGUCCUGUACUUGAUUCUGAUGAAGACGGUCGCGCACCGCUCUCGCACGGCGUUCGCAAACGACAACGGACGGUGGACGGGGUGGGUGAUCACAGCGGGGAGGAAAGGCCGUGGAAAGCCAAUGCCACCACCUCACGGCAUGGCAACGGCACGACUUUCGAAGGCAUUCUUAUCCGCAGCGCAUUGUCGCACGGACGACUCCUCGCCGACUUCACUGCGUUUACUGAUUUUGUCAGUCGCGUGAUGCAGGAGGCCAGCACCUUUUGGGAGAGCUUUGAGAGCGGCAUUUGCGACGACUCGGGCUCGCACGGGACGCCGUCACCGGCCUCGUCACCCCUGACGACUGGAAACAAGGUGAGGGAUGUAGAUCACUUUCCUACCUCAGCCGCUUCCGCAUCUUUUCUCCAGUGCGCGCGCGUGGAGCUGGCUCUCAUUUGCGCUAACUCAGCCAGCCCUGGUUCCCAGUCAUGCCUUGCAGCGUCCGAGACCUACCGUGCGCAGGAGGUGGGUGUGUGGGUGCAUUCUGCCCCGUCCUCUCCCGCAAGCCUCUCGUCCCGUCUGACGCUCUUGUUCCAGCACUUGAAUGAUCGGUUGAAUGGCGAGCUGUUUGACGGCAGCGUUGUACAGUGCGUUCUGGCAAGUGACGUGGCGCGUCUGCCCUUCACACUUAGCCCCAUCACCGCAUCAGCAACAGACGGCCAAGGCAGUCGUUUGGUGCAGCACCAUGAACUGUUCUGUUAUGGCCCCAAUCUCAUGCAGCCAGCUCUGCUGUGUGUUGCCCGAAAAAGUGGGGAUGAGGCUGCGGCUGCAGCAGCGACGCGCAACGCCGAACGCAUUGAGACUCUAUCUGUGGUGGAAGAGCUCACCGCUGUUGCGAGGGGCGCAGAGAGGUCUCCUGGAUGUGUGCCGAGGUGUUGCUUCUUGUCAACGCCUCCCCACGCAGGCCAGGCCGCCUCAUCAUCGCUGGCGAGCACCGUUGCUCCAUCGGAUGUCAGCACUGUGUUGGUGGUGCGCCACGUAGCCCCAUCGAGCGUUGCCUUGUGCGGUGGAGAGAGAACCACCAGCUCACAAACGCGUCCACCAGGGGAGGUGAAACCGCUUGCGCUUUACUUGCUGGAGGAGUGCUGCCAAUACGGACGCGUUUUGUCGUACUACGCUUAUGAAGCCACUCGGACGACGGUCAUGGACACCGUAGAGGACGGGCAGGAAGCUGGAGGUAGUGACGGGGAGGGGCUUGCAGCGCAAACAGAAACAGCGAUGGAGCGAGGGCAGCCAUGUGCCACUGAGGGACAGCUCACAACUGCGUCUCUCUUUAUUGAGUUCGCCAGCGCCGAUUCUGCCGUAGAGGCGGUUCGGCUCCUUUCGCGCCGUUUUGCCUUCCAACACCAGCAGCCGCAGUCGCAAGGUGCAACUGCUCGCCUUCCGCGGGCUCGCCUGUUCACCAAUCGCACGUACUACGAGGGGGUGCUGCAGGAGUUGUCAUCGCAGAAGCGUUACGACGGAGCUAUGGGCAGAGACCAGAGCAGCGAUGACGACAGUCGCUUCAGUGACCUUCACAUAUCCUUACUCGCGGAGUAG